UUGGCCAAUGGCUGGACUUCUGAAGCCAGAACAGUCCAAUACAGCACCAGAACAUAACGUAUAACGUUUUCUAGCAGAAUUUGUAGUGUUUUGAGGCGUGUUUCACGUGCCGUUCGUUGCACUUUAUGGAAUAGAUGUUAACAGAAUGGGCACGAAACGAGUUAACCUUUCGAUGGACGUCUACAUGGUUUGUCUGAGCCACGCUUUGUCGACGGAAAAGGAAGAAGUUAUGGGCUUGCUCAUAGGAGAGAUUGACGAGACGAAAGUUGCGCAUAUAUCAGCUGUUAUCGUAUUACGAAGAUCAGACAAGCGAAAAGACCGCGUCGAGAUAUCCCCUGAACAGCUGUCAGAUGCAUCGACACAAGCAGAAGUGCUCGCCCAUGUCCACGGCAGACCCAUUCGUGUCCUGGGGUGGUACCACUCUCAUCCCCAUAUAACAGUAUGGCCAUCACACGUUGACGUCCAAACCCAGUCCAUCUACCAAAUGAUGGAUGAAGGAUUUGUGGGCUUGAUAUUUUCGGUGUUCAAUCAAGACAGCACGACAAAGGUGAAUCAGUUCCAGGUAACAUGCUUUCAGUCUGUGAACCAAGCUGUAGAUGGCAGCAUGCCUAGGUAUGUUAGAGUCGAGAUACCACUCUACUUGGUACCUGCUACCCAUAUUUCCAGUGCAUGCUUGUCAGCACUGGUACAGCUGCCUGCAAUACUGUGUCAGGAAGAACAAGACAUAUACAACAUGACUAAGCAAGUGCCAGGACUGGAUUUUUUGACCAAAACGCACAAUAGUGCAGUGUUCGUGAAAGCACUGUGCAACAUUGCAGAAGCUGUCAGUGGGCCACUGCUGCAGAGUUUGGAGAACCGACUCCAAUAUAACCAGCAGCUACUUAACCAGCUAGAAGUGGAAAAAGCUGAACUACAAAAGAGCAUCGCCGAAAGAAGAACACAGCAUGUUGUAGAGUUGAACAAGUGCUGAUAUCGAUUUUGCCGUGUAUGCUUAACUUAUUGUCAGUAUUUUCUACAUUCAUCCCCAGUGAAACUGUUGUAGUAUUUCUUUGCUUCCGUGUAAUACUGAAUGGUUUCAAGAAUGAAUUUCACACAACCACAUAUCUGGAAACCACCAUUGUUCAUUUCAGUUGAGUUCAUUCAGUUGAGGAUGUGAAACAAUCUAUGGUUUCAAAAUAAAGGCAGAGGUGUACAGAAGGUGGA